AUGGACUUUCAGGAGACACACCGUCUCCUGUCGGACUACCUGCACGAACUCGCGAACCUCUUCCACCGUGUCCCCGGCUCCGCGAUCUUCCUCCGAUAUGUCAAAUCUAGUUACCAGGAUGAUCCGAUCAGAUCUGCGGUCGAGCUAUUCCUCUUCCUCUUUGCCGUGCGGUAUCUCCUCGCCCCGAAGUACUCCACUAAACCGGGUGUUGUGCCAUUGACCGAAGACGAGAUCGAUGACCUUGUGGACGAAUGGGUUCCAGAGCCCCUGGUCGGCAAACCAACAACACUGGAGGAAAUGGAGGUUGAUAAGCGCACUGUGAUCGCUGGACCCGUCGGGCCUAAAUCUAAGCUCGCCAACGGACGAACCGUCACAAACCUCAGCUCGCUCAACUUCUACAACUUCAACACCAACGAGGCUCUUAAGGAGAAGGCCAUCCAGACACUCCGGAACUACGGCGUUGGACCCUGCGGCCCUCGUGGAUUCUACGGUUCUCAGGACGUGCACAUGAAGACCGAGGCUGAUAUCUCGUCAUUCUUGGGCACUGCGGCGUGUAUCAUGUACUCCCAGGCGUUCUCCACGAUCUCCAGUGUUAUACCUGCGUUUUCCAAGCGUGGUGAUAUCAUUGUUGCGGAUAAGGGUGUUAGCUUUGCUGUUCGGAAGGGUAUCCAAAUCUCACGCAGUAUUGUUCGUUGGUACGAGCAUAAUGAUAUGGAGGACCUGGAGCGAGUUCUGGCCAAGGUAACUAAAGAACAGGCUCGGAAGCCGUUGACUCGGAGGUUCAUUAUUACCGAGGGCCUUUUCGAGUCCUACGGUGAUAUGGUGGAUUUGCCCAAGAUCAUCGAGCUGCGAUUGAAGUACAAGUUCCGCCUUAUCCUGGACGAGACAUGGUCUUUCGGCGUCCUCGGCCGCACUGGCCGUGGUAUCACUGAACAUCAGAAUGUCGAUGCUGCUGAGGUCGACAUGAUUGUCGGCUCGCUGGCUGGCCCUCUUGUUGGAGGCGGAGGCUUCUGUGCUGGUUCCGAGGAGAUUGUGCAUCACCAGCGCAUCUCAGCUGCUUCAUACACUUUCUCUGCUGCCCUUCCCGCUUUGCUUUCCACCACCGCCAGUGAGACUAUCAACCUUCUCCAGCACAACCCCGACACUGUAUCGCAGCUUCGGGACACGGCCAAGACCAUGCGUGCUCAAUUGGAUCCUCGCAGCGACUGGGUUUAUUGCACCAGUGCUGUCGAGAACCCCGUUCUUAUCUUGGUCCUCAAGCCUGAUGUUGUUGCUUCGAAGAAGCUUUCUUACACCGACCAGCAAUUCCUGCUGCAGGAUGUCGUUGAUGAAUGCCUUGCCAAUGGCGUUCUAAUCACCCGUCUCAAGACCCUGGAGGACAAUUUCGAGCCGAAGCAGGUUGUGCCCGCUGGACUGAAGGUCUGCGUUACCCUCGGCCUGACCAAGAAAGAGGUCGAGAAGGCUGGAACCACAAUCCGGCACGCCAUCACAAAGGUCCUGAGCAAGAGAAAGUGA